CCUGCGUGGAUAACUCGAUUCACUCUCCUUGCUAGAUAUACUCUUAUGUUACUUAUUAUUAUUGUUAUUAUUAUUUAAUUUUUGCUGUGUGUGGACGCCGUUGCUAUGGUUAUGAUAACCAAAAAAACGACAGCUCCGAGGGGGAAAGAAAUAGGAUUUCUUGACUGAUAUUUUUCUUCGGUGUGAAUGCACUCGGGGGACGCCUUAAAAAUUCAAAAGGAUUAGACGAGGCGUUGAAAAAGCACAUUUCUGUUGUUUGGAGUAUGGAGGGGGUUGUUUAUCGGGACUAGAGUCCCCUUUUCAAUCAAUGCAACGGCGAAUUAGUAUCUGGACAAUCGUUCAAAGACCGCUCCUUUUUUUUUUUGCCUUUAUAUAUAUAUAUAUAUUUUUCUGGAGAGGAAUUGAGCUUCGAUUUUAGAUGGAAAAAGCGACUGGCUGAUCAGCUGUUGCGUCGCGGUGGCUGUCUGAUUGAGUAAUGUCAAAAAAAAAACUAAAAACUAAUAACAACGACAAUAACUUGACAUACAAACCCGAGAAAUAAAGACCAGAGUUUCUCAAGACGGCGUGUGUGUUUUGUAAUGAAACGCAGUUGGAUAGAUAUUAUAGCCUAACAGAUUCCUUUAACACAGGAGUGGAUUAGAUCUAUAUAUCUAUAUUACUGAACUCCCAGCAUGUAGAAUAAUUAGUUAAUUGCGUAUUUGCACGCGUGUGUGUGUGUGUGUGUGUGUGUGUGUGUGUGUGUGACAGCCUAUACCAAGAUGUUGGGAUAAGACACCAGGAGAGAAAAUCAAAAAGGGGCAAAAACAGAAGACUUGUCCGGUCUGCUGAGGUGUAUUUGGCUGACACGUCCCCUAAAGCCAAACAUGACAUCAUGGCCCCCCCGUUUUCUGGGUCCCGCGGUGCCCCCCCCGGGUUCCGCGACCUGCGCUUGAACGAGGAGAACGCGCGGUUCGCGCUGCUCGCCCUGCUCAUGGCCGGGUAUCUGCUGUGCGGAGCCGCCGUGUUCUCCGCCAUCGAACACCCCGCCGAGCUCGAGAACCACCGGCGGUGGAACCGGACCCUGCUCAGCUUCACCCAGAGGUUUAACAUCAGCCCCGGGGAGUUCCGCCGCUUCCUGCGGGAGUACGAGGUGGCCAUGGCGAAGGGGAUUCGGGUGGACGCCCUGAGACCUCGCUGGGACUUCGCCGGAGCGUUUUACUUCGUGGGGACGGUGGUGUCAACGAUUGGAUUCGGCAUGACCACGCCCUCCACCAUCACCGGCAAAAUCUUCCUCAUUUUCUACGGCAUGAUGGGCUGCGCCGGCACCAUCCUCUUCUUCAACCUCUUCCUGGAGCGCGUGAUCACGCUGUUGGCCGUGCUGAUGAAGGGCUUCAGACGAGGGAGUCUGUGUCUCCGAGGGGGGGACCCCGAAACCGACCCCGGGCAGGAGGAGGGAGGAGGAGGGGAACCCGGCCAGCUGUCUGCCUGGAAACCCUCGGUUUACAACGUGAUGCUAAUCCUGGGACUGGCAGCGUCCCUGAUCGCUUUCUGUGCCUCCUCACUGUACACCCCGGCCGAAGGCUGGAGCUACGUGGACUCCCUGUAUUUCUGCUUCGUGGCUUUCAGCACCAUCGGGUUCGGGGAUCUGGUGAGCGGACAGCGGGGGUCCUACGAGAACCAGGCGCUCUACGGCCUGGGGAACUUCUCUUUCAUGCUGCUGGGGGUCUGCUGCCUCUACUCCCUGUUCAACGUCAUCUCCAUCGUCAUCAAACAGUUUCUCAACUGGCUACUGAGCCGCUGCUGCUUCUGCUCCCGCCACCAGAGGAGAGCCGGGAAGCAGCAGCGGGUCCUGGGAGGCAGGCGGCACAGGGUGGCCCCCCUGCCGGCUUCCGCGGGCCGCCACCCGACGAGGAGCGAGGUCUCCGUGGAUACGGAAGCCGCUUUGGAGAGCGAGACGGACGCUCGGCGGGUCUCUGUGGAGAUGAGCGCCAUCCGCGACUUCCUGGCCAAUAACAAUCGGGCGAUGGCAACGGACGCCCCCAGGCUGCCAGGACCCGAAGCCGCCAACGGGCAUCUCAGGGUGGCUUGGGAGGACGGCGUCGAGGGAGCGGCCGGCAAUGAGGACCACCGUGAGCUUGAAAAGGGUCUGCUGAGGGAUAUCGGCUCCCUGGCCAUCAUGAACAACAAGUUGGCAGAAACGUCGGAUCGCUGCGGUAACGGGCUGCCCGUCGUUGGCUCGGCCAGGCUGCUGCUGCUUCAGCAGGAAACGAGCGACCACCGUCUGCUCCUCCACCGCCACUGGCUCUCCAGCGCCCAGGGGUCUCCGGCCAGCGAGAGCAGAAGCCGUCGCGCGUUUCCUGGGUCUCCCGUCUCCUUGGGGGGUCCCUCGAGCGGGGUGGGAUCCCUGGCCAACCUCGAGAGCCUCGACCAAACCAGCGGCUCCCAGAACGGACUGUCCUCCAGCAGAGUCGAGUCCCCGACGCCUUUGAAUCGGCAGCUGGGGGACAACGAGAGAGCCUCUUCAUCGCUGGACCAGCCCGGAGACUACCGCAGGAAGAUGACCAAGAGGCUGAGCCACUCCGGACACGGGCUGACCCGUUGCGUCCCCUCUCCCGUGGUCCCGGGCCGGCGAGUGGGUCGGUCCGGUGCUGUGGAGCCCCCCAGAGAGUCCCUGAGCAGCGGGGGCCCCGCCGGGAUGAAGACGAGGGUCUGCUCCCCCAGAGACACGCUCCUGAGCGGAGUGGGGUCCCUGGCUGUCAUGAAUGACAGGUUUGCAGAGACCAGUAAGAGAAAGAUCUCCCGGCACCAGCAGAGAACCACCGAAACGCAGGAGAACACUUAGAGUGAGAGAGUGGUCGGUUCAAGCCAUCGUUGAGGAUGGGAAAGAAUGGGAGAGGAUGGAGAAGAGUAGGAGAGGAUAGGAGAGUGUCGGAGAGAAUGGGAAAUGGCAAGGGAGGAUGUGAACGGAUGGAGGAGAGUAGGAGAGGAUGGGAGAGAGUUGAAGAUGAUGGGAGAGAGUAGGAGAGGAUGGGACAGGUGGAGAGGAUGGGAGAGAGUGGAAGAUGAUGGGAGAGAGUAGGAGAGGAUGGGAGAGAGUUGAAGAUGAUGGGAGAGAGUUGGAGAGGAUGGGACAGGUGGAGAGGAUGGGAGAGAGUGGAAGAUGAUGGGAGAGAGUAGGAGAGGAUGGGAGAGAGUUGAAGAUGAUGGGAGAGAGUAGGAGAGGAUGGGAGAGAGUUGAAGAUGAUGGGAGGGAGUUGGAGAGGAUGGGAGAGAGUUGAAGAUGAUGGGAGAGAGUAGGAGAGGAUGGGAGAGAGUUGAAGAUGAUGGGAGAGAGUAGGAGAGGAUGGGAGAGAGUUGGAGAGGAUGGGAGAGAGUUGGAGAGGAUGGGACAGGUGGAGAGGAUGGGAGAGAGUUGGAGAGGAUGGGAGAGAGUUGGAGAGGAUGGGAGAGAGUUGGAGAUGAUGGGAGAGAGUUGGAGAGGAUGGGAGAGAGUUGAAGAUGAUGGGAGAGAGUUGGAGAGGAUGGGAGAGGAUGGGAGAGAGUUGAAGAUGAUGGG